AUGUAUUGGGAUCUGGGGAAAGCCGCCUGGCUUUUUCCUCUCCGCGGAAUCUACUAUUUCGCAUCACGUCGUUUCCUCUGGCCUUUAUUUAAGACUCGCUUAAUACCAAUCGUCUUUCUUUCUGCCUUUAUAUACGCUAUCCUCUUUUUCUUCGCGUACUUACCGCAAGUAACCUUCCUCGCCAUCUUUCAAGGCUCCGGCGCAUGGGUCAGUGGUGCUUUUUUGGUCCUGGGAGAAGGAGCUGCUAUUGUCGCUGGGCUGUUCGAGGCGUUCUUCGUCGAUGAGACUCUCGUGGAUAUAUUUGAUGCUGUGAUGGUGAGCGAGGGACAGUCGGAGCUGGUUGCUGCCUCUCGAGUACUAUACCCUCAGGGCGACGAUGUUGUCAAACGAUUGGGCAAACCCACCCAGACUGCAGUGUACUCGCCUUUCUCUCUGCGGCAAAUCCUGGAGUUUAUCGUUCUUCUCCCCCUGAACUUUAUUCCUGUCGGGGGCACGCCUAUGUUUCUCAUCCUGACUGGCUACCGCGGCGGGCCUUUUCACCACUGGCGGUAUUUCCAGCUGUUGGACCUUUCCAAGCCGCAGAGGAAGGAGAGGAUCCGGAAAAGGCAACUACAAUAUACCACAUUUGGAACAGUGGCUCUGGUCCUCCAAUUGAUCCCUGUGCUUUCCAUGUUCUUCCUGAUGUCCACUGCCGUUGGCGCGGCGUUGUGGGCUGUUGAGAUUGAAAACCGGCGGCCUCUACUGAGCAGACGGCCGGAACGAGACGCACUAUUUCAAGAUAAUGAUGACAACUUGCCAUGA